CAUUGAGGCGCAGUCCGAAUUCGCUAGCAUGGCAGCUAUUUAUUACGGUUCUACCGCCAUCACUGGAAUAGUCUUCCCCGCUCUUUUCCGUUGUGUUCCCUCUCGCGAUGGCCGAAGCAGACGUGCUCCUAGAGGAUAUUGCGCACGAUGACCUCUGUCCUAUCUGCCAACUCCUCUUGUUCACGCCCGUCCGAACACAAUGCAACCAUCUGCUCUGCACUUCCUGCAUGGCGCAAUGGGCUGAUGCUUCCUCCACGAAUAACAUCGAGCACUCUUCCCUAGACAUCAAUCUCGCCGACUUCGACCCCAACUACGACCCUUCCUAUGACCUCGAGGCAAACUGUCCUAUGUGUCGUACUCAUACAACUGCGUCACUCGAUCAAGCGCUGGCUAGGCAGCUCGAACGAAAGUACCCCGCUACUUACGCGGAGAGACGCGUGGAGGAGGAGGUUGAGAGGGGAAGUCGAAUCGGGGAGGGUGGUGUGGAGGGUGUUAUGAUCCUGAUAGGGAAUAAGCAUAGGCUGAUUAGAGGUUCUGAAGACGCCAAUGAGCACGAUUGGACUUUCUUCGUGCGUACAUCGCGACCGGACAUUGUGCAGGAAGUGCGUAUCUAUCUGCACCCUACCUUUCGGCCACCGCGUCUCACCCUCCGCAAUCCACCUUACGAGGUACGACGUUCAGGAUGGGGUUGGUUCACCAGUGAAGCUGAGAUUGUCCUUAAAGAGCCAUAUAGCUGGAUCAUAGACAACGCUGGUACGCGGCAAUCGGGCCUUGAACUUACUUGGACACUAGACUUCGAGGGAAGGGGUCGGCAAGGGCGAGUCAGGACCAAGGUGAAGCGAUUCGAGGCUAAUCCGGUCGAUGCUCCCGGCGUACCAACACAGUCGCCCGCAAAUGGGCCAGAUCUUGAGGAUGAGGACGAUGAUUAUGAGGUAGUCGAAGAUGACGAAGAAAGCACAUCAGACCAUGACGAGGAGGAAGAUGUGAGCGAAUACAUCAACACACCGCCUCGAAGAUAGCGAGCAAGCGUCUAUAACUGGCUAUCGGCACACAGCUUCGUAUUCAACGGCACAUUUCAGUCUUUACUUCAUCUUAUACGCUGUAAAGCUCUGCAGCGUAUUCCUUGCUAUUCUAAAGCACUGUGGAGGGAUUUUCGGUAAGUUGUGACGAACUAAGCAAAACAAAGGGCCUUGAACAAGAGUUACAUUUCCAUUUUACUCACAUUGAGGGUCCAGAGGUCUCGAGUAAGUUGUGCUUGUUGCCACUGCAUUUACAAGCGACCCAAUGCUGCAGACUACCUGCGUCCCAGUUGUGUCACACCAAGGUUCCCAUCGCUUUCGAUAUGUCUUCUGGUGCAACAUACUUUUGCUGCUACUGUCUGAGCUAUAUUGGAUGCAAAGUUUACUGAACUAAUCUAGGCU